AUGUUCAAGAUCGUCACAGUUUUGAUGGUUCUGGUCUUGUCUGCUAUACUUCAAACGACAGCAUUUCCAUUCGAGGGUCUGCGAUACAGCGCUAGAAAUUCAAUACUUGAAAAACGAACCAUGUUUGACGUUUUAAGAAUGGAUGAAACUGAAUACGAACCAGUGCCUUACUCUGUUAGUAUUCCAUAUGGCACUAUUCAAGGUAAACCUUCUGAAGAUGGUAAAGUAAUAUCCUUUCUUGGUAUCCCGUUUGCUGCGCCACCUGUUGGAGCAAACCGAUUCCGUAAACCUCAACCAGUACAACACAUUUCAGUCGAGUCCAUCUUUGAUGCAACACAAAUGGGCAACAUUUGCAUUCAGGAUCCAUCAGAAACCAGUGAUCAUGCACCCAACCAGUCAGAAGAUUGUCUAAAUCUCAACGUUUACACACCAGCAAGAAUGCUCGGUAACAGUGGUAGAAAGCUUCCAGUUCUUGUAUUCAUUUAUGGCGGAUCAUUUACAAGUGGGAAAAACAGUAAUCCUUUAUUUAAUGGCGCAUCGUUUCUCCAGGUUGUUGCACAGGAGCGUCAGACUGUGAUUGUUGUUCCAAACUACCGUGUUGGUGUGUUUGGAUUUUUGAGUUCUAUGGAAUUGAUGCGUGAGGGAAGUUUGAAUGCUGGUUUAAUGGAUCAGGCAGCCGCUUUUGGUUGGGUUAAACAAAAUAUUGAAGCUUUUGGUGGUGAUUCCAGUCUUAUCACUGCUUGGGGUCAGUCUGCUGGAGCAAUUUCCAUUGCCACUCAUCUGAUGCAGUAUGGUGGAAAGAAUCCUGACAAUACUCCAUUUGAUCGCAUGAUUUUACAAUCUGGAGGAUUGCCGCCGGUGCUUAAUACGCCAUAUCAAGGACAGAAUGAUUUCGACAAGGUAGCGCUUUCGGUAAAUUGUCCAAAAACCUCGGCAGUUCCAGUAAUGGAUUGCUUACGAAGUGUAGAUGCAAGUACUCUUUUUAAAGAGUCUUUUAAACUUCAAUUGAUAUAUCGCCCAUCUGUGGAUGGCACCUACAUUACCGAACAGCCAUAUAAAGCUGUUGUUGGACAACGUCUCGAUCGUGUUCCAGCCAUUAUGCUUGGUAACACGGAUGAAGGAACAUACUUUGCCAUAAAAGCAGGAGUUGAUUCACCAGAAGCUGCACGUAAAUUUAUGCACAAGAGUCUCGAUUUUCUGAAAUUACCCAUGUAUGAGCAGCUGGAUGCGCUGUAUCCUGUUGAUGGACCUAUUAGUCCAGUGUUCCGAGGCGGAGCUCCGUACGGUGAUGGUAUUUUCAACUGUCCCAGCAGACAGAUAUCGCAGUUUUUGUCUAAUCAAGGGGAUGAUGCCGAAGUUUACAAAGGUCGGUUCAACGUAAAGCCUAGUCUAUUACCUCCAGGCAAGGACGCGCUCAAGAAUGCAGGAGUUUAUCAUGGUGCAGAGUUAGCGUAUACUUGGAACUAUAGCUCAUUACUCGAUCCCCAUAACGGAGAUAGAGCUAUUUCUCUUGGAUUGAUUACCGCAUUUACUGAUUUUGCCCAUGGUAAAGUGCCCAGACUACUAGAUACUGGUUUGCCAUCUAACCAACUUCCUACAGCGUGGCCUAUUUAUAAACAAAGUGAUCAACUGCAAGUUGUUUGGCAGCAUGAGAGUCCAUUGACAUUAGAAACCAUCACUGAAGAUAUGAAGCAGAAAUGCAAGUUUUGGGAUCACAUCUUUACCACUAUUAGCAAAGUGUUGACAUGA